UGUAUAAUUAUUGGGUAUUAUAUUUUGAAUUAUAUGAAAUGUUUUUUCAAGGGCAGACAGGAUCUAAAUUUAAUGAAUUAAAAGGGUUUAAUGAGACACAAACAUUAAUAACACCUACAGCAGGGACGCCAGCGCCUACGUCAGUGCCUAUGACUGGAAUGGCACCAUCAAAUAGUUUAUUUGGUGCAACAUCAGGUGCAACAUCAACAUUAGGUGGUAUAACACAAAAUACAUCAAUGGGAGGUUCAAAUAGUGCAAUUGCAGCAGGAAAUUCAGAUACAGCAAAAGCGCCAGUUCAAUCUUCUUUAUCAUCGUCAUUUGGUGGAUUUUAUCAACAAAGUACUUUAAGUAAUCUUCCAGUUUAUUCAUGGGGAGCACCCUUUCAAAAAGUAGUUUCUCGCUUUCUACCACUUCAGAUCCAGACGCCUGCUGAUACAUUAGCAGCAGAUCGUUCUAAAUAUGGGGAAAGUCAAUCUGAAAUAUUAGGUAGAAGUUCUAUUCUUGGACUUGAUCAAUUUCCAUCAAUAGUUGAUCAGCUUCAAAAAAUUAAAAAUGCAUGGGAUCCAACACAUUCUGAUUGUGCAUUUCAAUACUAUUUCUAUAACAGAGUUCCAAUUGAUCAAGUAGCUUUAUAUGUUAAGCCUUUGCAUCAUAAUCAACAAAAAUGGGAUGAAGCUAUUGCUAAUCGGCCAGAAAAUAGCGUUGUUCCAGCGUUAGCAGUAGGAUUUUCUGAUAUUCAGAAAAGGGUUCAGCUUCAAGAACAACAAGUUACAGCAUAUCGUGUUCGUAUGCAUGAGAUUAUCAAUAAGCUUAAAGAAUUAUCACAAAAACAUGAUCUCAGUACAACGGUAAAGAUUUCAGAUGCAACAUUAAGGCAUUUAGAAUUAUCACGUCGUUCAUUAGCAUUAGCAGCAAAAGUACAAAUAUUAAAAGGAAGAGGUUAUGCACUUCAACCUGAAGAAGAAAAUUUAAAACAACGAUUAAUAGAAUUAUCAAAGAGUUUAAAUGAUCCUGGUGUCUUUGGAAAAGUAAAUGAACUUUGGGCACGUAUGACAUUUGUACGUGAAAAAGCAAAGUCUAUUGAAGAAGCAAGACAAGGCAAAAUCAUUAUGAGUAUUAAUUGGAAAAGAGAUAAAGAGCAAUUAGAUAGAAUUACAAAGGUAUUGACUGAUCAAUACGCUGGAAUUUCAUAUGUUAUUAAUAUUCUAAAAAAUGAUUUGAACGAAGUCGAUAAAGCAUUACAAAAAAUACAAGAACAUAAGAAAUUACUCGAACAACCAAAGUCACGAGGUUCUAGGAAAUUCUCUUAAUAUUGGUUUUCACUCUCAUUUUCACUUUUUCUUCUUAAAAUCACAU